AUCUACACUGAUCAUCAGGGCACUGAUGAUCAGUGUAGCCCUAUCAAUGCCACAUGUCAGUGCCCACCAGAGCACAUCAAUGCCACAUAUCAGUGCUGCCUUCAGUGCCGCCUGUGAGGGCUGCCAGUCAGUGCCGCCUGUGAGGGCUGCCAGUCAGUGCCGCCUAACUGUGCAAGUUAGUGCCGCCUAUCAGUGCCAUAUAUGAGUACUGCCUUUCAGUGCCCAUCAGUGAUGCCUGUGAAUGCCCACCAGUGCCACCUACCAGUGCCUUCUCAUCAGUGCCCAUCAGUGCAGCCUAUCCAUGGCCAUCACUGCAGUCUCAUUAGCGCACAUCAGUGAAGGAGAAAAAUUACUAAUUUACAACAUUUUAUAA